AAUAAAAAAAUCGUAAUUCUUUUCUUCUCAGUUCUUCUCUCACUAUCCGGCUCUUCUUAUAGGCAGCUGAACAAAGAUUGAAAAAACACUUCUAUUUUCUCUGUGGAAGAGAGAUACGUUAAAGGAAUUUGCUCAUUUGAGAUUUGGGUUCUCUUUGUCAACUCUUUAAAAUGUUUUGAAUCAUAAUUUGACUUUCUUAUUCUAUUGAAUCAAAAGUUUUGAUUAUAAAAGUUCCUACUUUCUUUCAUUUUCUUUCAAUUUCUAGUAGAAUUCAAGAGAAAAUAACACAAAAAAUUCAAAAUUCUCAAUGUGAAGCUUUGAAUCUGCCUUGCUUUCAAAAAGUUUAGCUUUUAUCAAAAGAAAUAACAAUGUGCCAGGGUGGUUCCCUGAACAGAGCGAACUUCCUUGUUUUUUAGAACCUCUUGACUCAGGAUUCAAAAAGGGAUUGAUCUUUGAAUCUGGGUUUUGCGUUUUUCUAGGGUUUGAUAUCCCGUAGAACUUGAAAUUCAGGCGAUGGCCGGGAUGGAACAGUGGAAGGGUCAAUUAGAGCAAUUGAAGAGACAACUGGAGCCGUGGAAGGACCAAUUAGAGCAGUUGAAGAGUCAAUUGGAGCCGUGGAAGAAUCAAUUGGAGCAGUGGUUGCAUCAAGCAAUUGAGUAUUUGAAUCAAAUACCCCCAAUUCAACUAUAUGCUGCUAUUGCUGUCUUGCUCAUUUCUACCCUCUUGCUUUUGUUCACCCGCUUGUUCAAACGCACAAAACCUAAUACCAUUGUACUCACUGGCCUUAGUGGGAGUGGAAAAACUGUUCUUUUCUAUCAGCUUCGUGAUGGUUCCUCGCACCAGGGUACUGUUACAUCCAUGGAACCAAAUGAGGGCACCUUCGUGCUAAAUUCUGAAAGUAAUAAGAAGGGCAAAAUCAAGCCUGUCCAUCUUGUUGAUGUUCCUGGGCAUUCUCGUCUGUGGCCCAAACUGGACGAGUUCUUGCCUCAAGCAGCUGGCAUUGUGUUCCUCGUUGAUUCUUUGGAGUUCUUACCAAACUUGCGUUCAGCUUCAGAGUACCUGUAUGAUAUUUUGACCAAGGCUGAUGUGGUCAAGAAGAAAAUCCCAGUUCUCAUCUGUUGUAACAAAUGCGAGAAAGUGACAUCGCAUAGCAAGGAUUUCAUUAAGAAACAAAUGGAAAAGGAAAUUGAUAAACUGCGGGCAUCAAGAAGUGCAAUAUCGGCAGCUGACAUUUCAAAUGACUUCACUCUGGGGGUUCCUGGAGAAGCAUUUGCAUUCUCUCAGUGUAGAAACAAAGUUACCACUGCUGAAUCUUCUGGUUUGAUUGGCGAAGUAGCUCCUGUAGAACAGUUUAUAAGGGAAUGUGUAAAGCCCUAGGCUAAAUCAUCCUGCUUUCUUUGUCCCUGUAAAACUCUGUUUACAGCUGGUUUUAUUAUUUCAUCUUGAACGUUGAACGAGCCUAGGAAAAACAUUGAAUUAGUAAGACAAAGAGGAAAAACAUUGUUUGUGAUGUGAAUUAUGAUAAUGAAAAUGGGGUAUUCUAGUA